AUGAAGUCGCAAACCAUCAUCUCGAUUUGCGCCACGCUCUUUGGCAUCGUACGGGCUGGGCCAAUUGACUCAUGCGAAAUCGCUCCGGCGACUCCUUCAGUCAAACUUUCUUCUGGUACCGUCAUGGGAUCUUUGGUCGACGAUAUUGAGUAUUUUCGCGGCAUACCCUAUGCCAAACCACCAAUUGGUCCUCUCCGGCUGAGGCCGCCAAAGCCAAUUAAAAGUUUUGGCAUUAUUCAGGCCACCGGUACUGGCCCUUCUUGUCCUCAAUUCACAGUCUCAGAGUCUUCUCCAGUGUUCAACCAUGUCGCGGGGUUAUCAGACGUCAUGGAAGCGAUUGCUUUCUCUGGAGCAUUAGGAAACGAAACCGAAGACUGCCUGACCGUCUCGGUCAUGCGACCACGGAACAUUAAGACCCAUGAGAAGCUCCCUGUACUUUUGUGGAUGCAUGGCGGAGGCUUCCAGAUGGGGAGUGCGCAGCCUUAUAAUGCCUCCGUGUUGAUCCCCAAGGCGGUAUCUCAGGGCAAGCCGUUCAUCUUGGUGGGAGUCAACUACCGCCUUGGAGGCUUUGGCUUCCUAGGAGGAAAGGAGGUACUUGCCGAUGGUGUGGCUAACCUGGGCCUGCUUGACCAGAGAUUGGCGUUGGAAUGGGUUGCGGACAAUAUUGCAGCCUUUAACGGUGACCCAGACGCAGUCACGAUUUGGGGCGAGAGCGCAGGCGCCAUGAGUGUCUUCAGCCAAAUGGCUCUUUACGACGGCAACAACAAGUACAAGGGCCGGCCGUUAUUCAGGGGAGCUAUCAUGAACAGCGGCAGUCUGACCCCAGCGGAGCCAGUUGACGGUGUCAAGGCGCAGGAGCUCUUUGAUAUCGUGGUCCGGGAAGCGGGUUGCGGUGCAGUCCCAGACAAGGAGAAACUAGACUGUCUUCGUGGACUUGAUUACGAAACGUUUCUUAAUGCCACAACCAAGGUUCCUAGCUAUCUGGGAUAUCACGGGAUCGCACUCAGCUAUUACCCUCGACCUGACGGUCGUAUCAUUACCGCCAGCGCAGAGAUAUUGGCCCGGAAGAAGAAAUAUGCAGCUGUACCAAUGAUUAUUGGCAAUCAGGAGAACGAGGGCACGAUGUUUAGUAUUUUCUCUUACAAUCUCACCACCAAAGCCAACACGAUCUCUUAUCUGAACGACAUCUUUUUCCGCAGCGCUACGAGGAAACAAGUCUCCGGCCUCGUUGACAAGUAUCCCCGCUGCAGUGCCUGUGACACACUAAACGCCACGAUCAGCGACACGUACCCAGAGUUUAGACGAUUGGCCGCGAUACUCGGAGACUAUCAAUUCAUCCUCAUGAGCCGAAUCUUCCUGGACUAUGCCCCUGAGUCUGUACCUGCGUGGUCGUAUAUCGCCUCUUAUGCACAGGACACGCCUAUUUUGGGGACAUGGCACACAGCGGACCUACCAAGGAUGUUCUACAAGACGGAUGAGGCCAGCAGCGGCAUCCAGGAUCGAUAUAUCGCUUUUGUGAAUUCUCUUGAUCCCAAUGAUGGUUUAGCCGACGCUGCUGAUGACGCCUUUACACGAUGGCCAUCAUGGCAUGACAGCAGGCAGUUGAUCGACUUCAGGGCCAAUUCGACAGGACUGCUAGACGGCGAUUUCCGAAGCAACAGUUUCAAUUAUAUUCGCAAAAACCUGGAGUCUUUCCGUGUUUAA